UGUGUGUUUGUGGGGCGUCUAUGGCGUAUGUACAUAGAGAAGACAAUGGUGGACAACAAAAGAUAAUGUUCUGAGCAGAAUCCACUAACAACCCACUUUCCAUGUUCUGCUUCAAAUUUUCUCUCUUGGUGAAAGCUGCAACAUUUUGCUGUGAAAUUCCACCACAUUCUUCAUUUCACACUCCAUAAAAUGAUAUAAAAUUUCACAGUGAACGCCACAUGGUUGAAAAACUUUGUCCAUACCGACCAUCCAUUCCCUCCCACCUUGAAGUUUUCAUAACUAAAAAAUGUUUUCGAAAUGGCACCAACUUCUAAACAUUCUUUUUCUUUUAUCUUUUUUGCAUUUUCGACUAACCUUGAAAGACUACAUUGACUCUGCUACAUUUAGUUUCUAAGAAAACUCGUAAGAUAUUAAAUCCUAAGUAGAUGACCACCAUGGUUUGAAUCAUUCUUUAGAAACUCCUUACUUUUUUACUUGCCUCAUGUACCAUUAAGCCAACUCAGAGUGGUUUGUAGAGUGGUGAGAAUAAAACAAUAUAUGACACCCACUUUGAGUUUCUUAAAAGUCAAAGAAAAUCAUUGAGGAUAAAACUUCCAUCCUUUGAUUAUCUUGUAAAAAUUGAACUUUUAUCUAUUUGGGGUAGAAACUGUUCAAGUGGGUGUCUACAGUAAUCUCAAGGGGGGGGUGUUGAGAGAAAAGAGAGAGAGAGAUCUUGGAGUGGUUGUAUUUCUUGAGAAAAUCAAGUACCUCACUCUUUUGGUAUUAUUGAUCACUACCUUUAGUGGUCCUCCUCCUCUAACAUUGUCCUGCUUUUUCUUUUUUCCUCAUUGCUACAAAAGCUUUCAAAAUCCCUUAUGAAAUCCAGAGCAACCAAAUAGCAGCAGCUAAGGGUGGCUUCUGCAUUUGCCUGUUUUAUCACAAGCAAAUUAAACAAUGUCAUUUUUGCAGAAGAGAGCGUUUUCUUUCUCCAUCCCUAAAAGUUCAAUUCUUCUUCUCUUUCUUCUUCUCACUUUUCAACCAGUCAGUUCAUCAAAAGAGCCCAUGAAGAAUGUAGGCUUCAAUACAACCAAGAAAGACCACAGCCAGAAGAUGAGUUCCAGCCUACUGUUUGAUAUCACACUCCAUGGGUUUCUCCUAUGGGCUUCAAUGGGGUUCCUGAUGCCUGUUGGAAUACUAGUUAUCAGAAUGUCUAACAGAGAGCAAUGUGGAAGAAGGCUGAAAAUUCUUCUUUACAUUCAUACAAUUCUACAGAUACUCUCUGUAUUACUAGUCACAGCAGGAGGAGUCAUGUCUAUCAAAAAAUUCAACAAUGCUUUCAAUAAUAACCACCAAAGGAUAGGGAUUGGCCUAUAUGGGAUGAUCUGGUUACAGGCAUUGAUUGGAAUUGUAAGGCCAAAGAGGGGCUCUAAUAGAAGAAGCCUAUGGUUUUUCAUACACUGGGUGCUUGGCACUGCAGUAUCUCUCUUAGGAAUCUUCAAUGUAUACUCAGGAUUAUUUGCUUACCAUGAGAAGACAUCACGAAGUAUAGGAAUUUGGACAACAAUUUUCACUGUUGAAAUUUCUUUGAUUUCCUUCUUUUACCUAUUCCAAGACAAAUUGGAGUAUAUAAAAAAGCAAGGAGUUAUUUUGGGCAAUGAUUUGGUAACUCCUACUGAUCAAGUGCUCUCUCCAAAUGACAAGCAAAAGGAGCUGCCCACCGAUCCUUGCUGAAGGAGUAAAUAGGGCUAUAAAAAAUUUGUUUUUUCACUAACAUGAGUUUGUUGUCAUUCUUCAUACUUAUUUCUCUCUUCUUAUUGGAUUUGUAUAGGAAAGGAAUGUGUGGUGUUCUGAAGAAAAUGAAAUUGGAGUUUGCAGGAGGAGAUACUUUCUGAUAAUAUAAUGUUGUUUGGCUGACUUUUUGAAGAAGAAAGAUGUAAUACUGUGAUCUAAUAGUCAGUGUAAAAUACAGUCUAUCAUAAUGUUCAAAUUUGCUCAGGUAAUGGGAAAAAAAAAUAAAAAUACAAUGGUACUAACAUUGUGUGGA